AUGUUCAUGGCCUCUCACAUCCAGCGCCGGGCUUUCUCCGCCUCGGCUCGCCAGCUCUCCAAGGUCACCGUCCUCGGUGCCGCCGGUGGCAUUGGCCAGCCUCUUUCCCUGCUCCUGAAGCUCAACCCCAAGGUCACCGAUCUCGCUCUCUACGACAUCCGUGGCGGACCUGGUGUUGCCGCUGAUCUCUCCCACAUCAACACCAAGUCCACCGUCAAGGGCUACGAGCCCACCCCCGAGGGUCUCUCCGCCGCCGUCAAGGGCGCCGAGGUCGUCCUCAUCCCCGCCGGUGUCCCCCGCAAGCCCGGCAUGACCCGCGACGACCUCUUCAACACCAACGCCUCCAUCGUCCGCGACCUCGCCAAGGCCGUCGCCAAGUCCGCCCCCGAGGCCAAGGUCCUCGUCAUCGCCAACCCCGUCAACUCCACCGUCCCCAUCGUCCGCGAGGUCUUCAAGGCCCACGGCGUCUACAACCCCAAGACCCUCUUCGGCGUCACCACCCUCGACGUCGUCCGCGCCAGCCGCUUCGUCUCCGAGACCAAGGGCACCGACCCCAAGGACGAGGAGAUCACCGUCGUCGGCGGCCACUCCGGCGUCACCAUCGUGCCCCUCUUCAGCCAGAGCAACCACCCCGACCUGAGCUCCGACGCCGAAAUCAUCAAGCGCGUCCAGUUCGGCGGUGACGAGGUCGUCAAGGCCAAGGACGGUGCCGGCUCCGCCACCCUCUCCAUGGCCCAGGCCGGUGCCCGCAUGGCCGACUCCGUCCUCCGCGCCGUCGGCGGCGAGAAGGGCGUCGUCGAGCCCUCCUUCGUCGAGUCCCCCCUCUACAAGGACCAGGGCAUCGACUUCUUCUCCUCCAAGGUCGAGCUCGGCCCCGAGGGUGUCUCCCAGAUCCACCCCGUCGGCCAGGUCGACGCCAACGAGACCACCCUCCUCGAGGCCGCCCUCAAGGACCUCAAGAAGAACAUCGAGAAGGGCGUCGAGUUCGUCGCCAAGAACCCCGGCAACUAA